UCCAAUGGACUUAUAUAAAACCUCCACCCGAAUAGUAUAGAAAAUAUAACAUAGUCCAAGAAUACAAUCCUACAUUGGAAAUACUGUCACAUAGAAAAAACCCCUCAUAAAAACACAUCUACAGAGUAUUAUUAGAAAUCCUAAUAAAAUAAGUAACAAUGAAAAAGUUACAAUCACAAUUAUUUCAUUAAGUAAAGUUUUAACUCUUUUACAGAAAGGUAAUAAAACAGAAUCCCACACUUUAAGCAUCUUGAGGGGCAGUUUUCAGUCUAUCAGAGUAUCACACAACUCCAAAUCCAACUCCCAUCUGCAUAAACCUACAGUUCUGGCAAACAGAACAAUCAUCAAAGAAGUAGCCAAGAUAACUGGAUGCACAGCUCAGUUGAAAUAAUCUGUUUGUUGUGGACACUUUUAACAUGACCUUCAUUGAAGGGGGUCAAGAGGAAAGUCUUUUAAAAAGAAGCUUACAAACUCUAGUUUAAACUUUGCAAUACAUAUUGUGGAAUAGGAUGCUUUGAUUAGUUCAGACAAAAAAAAGAUCUCUGCAGCUACACAGUCUUGUAUCAGUUUAGUUGACACUUUGAUGAAAAAUUUUUUGAACAGAGAAAAACUCCACAACAAAUCGAUCCCCCCCCCCCCUAAAAAAAAAACCCAUCCCGAUAGCGAUACAUGGUAUUGAUGGAAAGAUUGAGCUAUACAUAAGAAAAUUGUGGACGAAAGCCUGCUAGAUGCUGCAUAAAAUAUGAGACUGGAGCAGAGUUUUACCUUCCCCAAGCAUUUUUUGGGUUAGAGUGGUCUUGUCAAAGUCCAAUCUAACUGAGAAUCUACGGCAAGUUUUGAUUAUAGUUUCCAAACUAUCCAAAUGUGUCUAAGUUUGAAUAAUUUUGCAAAGAAGAAUGAACAAACGAGUCUCUAGAUGUGCAAAGCUGUUAAAGAUUCCCUAAAGAACUUACAGCUGGAGGUGUAAAAAGUAUUUGGGUUGGUUAUAAUGUACAUGCAUUCCCCAUUUGUAAGAGUUUUAUUUGUAAAAAUUACAACAACAAAAAAAAGUAACAACAAAAAACAACCUUCGUAUACAUUUCCUUUCACCAUACAGCAACACUCUAUUUUUUGCUGGACUAAGACAUUAAUUAUAAAUAAAACACAUAAAUAGUUUUAGUUGUCAUAUGGAGAAAAAAAUGUUUCAGGUAUGGAUACAUUUACAGGGCACAGCAUGUGAAAUACAAACACAGACUUAUGGUGACCUAUCAAUUUUCAUUGAGGUAGCAUUAGGUAAAUGAAUUUCCACUCCAUGCUGACUUCCCAGUCAAUAUUUAUUGCUGUGGUGUUUCAGGAAGUCGACUUUCUCCGGGUAAAUCAGAUAGUGUGACUGAUGAAAGACUGGUCUCGGGAACUGGACUGAAAUCAAAACAAGGUCAUCAAACAAGGGCACCAAUGUCGUAAAUGAUUUACAAGUAUUUAAUGGCAAUAGUUCAUUCCAUAAGAAGUCAAAGUAUGAACAGUAUUACAAGCAUAACAGCAGUCUGAAUGAUUUUUUUUGUUGCAGCUUAGGUGAAGAGCACCAAACAGACUGUUGUUACAUUAAGGUUCUUGAACUAUCAGUUCUUAAAUCCCCACAGUGCAAUUAAUCAUACUUCUCUUACCCAAAUAAAGUUGGAGAAAGUUUAGUUACAUUGAGUUUCUCGGCACAAAGCAAGUAAAGCAAGUAAACUAUGAUCAUUUAGUGAGAGCAGGAUAGAUCUUGGAAUACCAUUUUAUUUGAAAAUACCUAAACAAGGAAGUAUUUAUAAUUAGCUCUUUCUGAAAACAUUGGUAUUAUUUAAAAUUUUUAGUGCACAAAUAAAUUGUUGCACAUAAUCCAAAGUGCAUUUAUGGAUAUGAAAAAAACAUCUUACUAAAAAUAAGGUGUAUACACAUUAGUGCAUGUCUUAGUCUUAUUAAGGCUGCAAAUAAAAAGUAAACAGUAAAUAAAAUUAUUUAUAGGCUACUCAAUUUUUUUCCUGAAAGUGUUCUCCCACAGAUGACAUAAAACAAAACAAAAAAACCAAUUAAAUUAAGUAAUGAAUCAUAUUCAGUUAAAACCCAUCACAUAUAUAUCAUAAUAUUACAAUGGCUAAUCAAACCAUAAUAUGCUAUUAAGAUGUUGUAACAGUGGUAGAGUCUGCAUGGUAGUUACAGAUGUCAGUGACAGCCUUUAAGAAUUGAAGCACAUAUUUUCUUUAGUCAUUAUCUGAAUUCCCUCUGGGUUCCCAAAUUGCAUAAUCCUUCUGACCUCAAUUUGUUGAACCCAAGUGAUUGUACUUUUCAGAAUAUGCUUCAGCAAACAGGCUCACCCUGACACCCCAUCAAAACUCACGCUGGCCUGAGUGGUUGCCAUCUCAGAUGAAGUUACUGCUGGGUUCCACAAGGCAAAGCUUGACUAGAGUGAAUUGAUUCAUGGGGAUUAGAGAUUAAGACUUCCCCGGCCGCUUUGGUGGAGUAAAUCUGGGGAUUAUGAUGUCAACAGCCUAUGGACGCUAGAGAGGAAAUUGAAUUGUGAGGAACGGCAGCGGCUAUGGUGCAGGAUUACAGCGUAGUUAGUAAAAAUCAGAGAUGAGAGUCCAUGUCUGUGCCUUUCUCCUGUUCAGCAAAACCUCCAUGGGAAACCAUUUACUGCCUUCGGACAGUAGAAAUUGUGACAGGGAUGACUGAGUGAAUAUUUCUGAUGUUAUUUGAGGGUUAAGAAGAUUUCUCUCUGUGGUAAUCCUGCUCUGGUCUGGCCUUUGAAGCAUCAGGUGGUGAGUACUACUAAGUCCAACAGGAACUACUUUCAUUUAACAGUCUGACAAGAAUAUCUGACAAUCUUUACACCUGAAUCCUCAGGGAGCAUCUUGUUGAAGGCUAACACUGCAGAUAGAUAAAGUUCUGUUAAUGGUUGAAGAUAAAAAAAAAUGUCACAUUUAGAGCUAACGUGUUAUUCUUUAUCUGCUUUUUCUUUCUGUCCUGUAAGACAACUCCAGUUGUGGCUGCUCCUCCUGCUCCCUCAGCAGCUCCCAGUGUUACAUUCGAAGGACUCUCAAAAACCAAGAAGAUGAAGGUGAAGUUGGCCCAUUUGGGUUUGGUCUUCUUCCUCCUUCUGUCUCUGGUGAUGACGGCCUGUUUCCUUUGGCAAUAUCAGCUGCCAAAACUUAAGCCAGAUGAAGAGAUGGGUCGUAAUGCCAAUUCAGAGAUGAUGUGUCCCCGCUUUCCUGAGCCUCUCCCUUUGGAGCAUCCUAUCCCCAGUCUCAAAGAAGCCCUGGAAAAGGUGGAUGUUUUGUUUCGCCAAAGCAUCAACCCCAUCAGCCUUCCUGCUCUGUCUGCCAUUGUGAUCUUAAACGAUACAGUUUUGUGGACUGGCAACUUUGGAAAGAGGAAUGCCAGUGAUCCUCUGUCAGGCCCACCCAGUGAAUACACAAUCUACAGAAUUGCCAGCUUAUCGAAGAUAUUCCCAACGCUGAUGCUCUACAAACUGUGGGAGGAUGGAAAGAUCGCCUCCUUAGAUGAUCCACUGGAAAAAUAUGUAGAAAAUUUCACUAUAAAAAACCCUCUGGGGAAAACAAGAGACUCUGAGUUAAAAUAUGUGACAGAUGGCCUAAUAUUUCUAGACAGUGGAGAGGUACAAAUUCGCUCAUCCUCUGUCACCCUGCGCAGGAUGGCAAGCCAGCUCUCAGGUCUGCCCAGGAGGCUGAGGGCUACAAAUUUACUAUGGAAAGGCAAAACGCAAUCAGCAAUCAAUCUGUUACAAGAUGAUGUUCUUGUUGCAGAUCCAGGAACCAAGUGUCACUAUAGUAACCUCGCAUUCUCUCUUCUCGCUCAUGUGAUGUCUGAAAGAGUGGUCGGAGUUGACUACCAACGAUGGGUCACAGAAAACAUCCUGGACCGAUUAGGAAUGGAAGACACCAGUUUUGAACUGACCCCUGGGUUACAGAGCCAGUUUGCUGUGGGAGUUUACUCAAACGGAAAACCUGCUCCUCUCUAUGAUCUCGGCUGGUACCGGCCUUCUGGUCAGAUGUUCUCCACCCCUGCAGACAUGGCCAAACUCGCCAUGGUGCUGCUGGGAGCCUACCACCGAAAGCUGCUGGAGCCAGAUUCUCUGAAGAUCAUGUUGAACCCACUCUUUAGGUGUGAUAAGGAUUACUUUGCAAACCGUACUGGGACCCCUUGGGAGGUGAAUGACCUCAUGGGCUACGAGAUGUUGAGGAAAGAUGGUGAUCUGGAUGGCUACUCUGCCACGUUCUCCCUGGUUCCCAGGCUGAAGCUAGGCCUGGUAAUCCUAAUGGCGGGCAGCAGGCCUCAGAAGCAGGAUGUGGUCACAAAGGCCUACAGCUACAUUGUUCCAGCAAUAGAGAAAGCCUUUAGGGAAGCCAAAAAGAUUCUUGUUGCUUCCCCAAAUCCAGAGCCUUACAUUGGGUUUUUCACAUACAGCAACAUCACUUUCUAUGAGAUCAAAGUGGGAUCCGAUGGAGUUCUGAUCAUGCAGCAGUUUGGUCCUCAGAUCGAAGAGCUGAUCCCAGAGAAAUACAGGACAAUAAAGCUUAACUACUUAGUUGAGCGGGUUUUCAGAGUUGUGUUUGAUCAAGAGUACCCUUGUGUUUUGAGAGUGGGCAAGGCUUCAGUCUCGUUGGAAGCCCAAGAUGGCCAACUUUUUAACUUCUACGUCUUUAAUAAGCAAGGCUUGUCCCCUGGCUUUGAUGCACCAGGUCUAAACACAUACAAUGUGGUGCGAAUAGCCCGCAGGCCAACCUUCACCAGCUGAGGAGCAUCAAGUGUUUUUGUGCGCUACAGAUGAAGUGAGGAAAAGGCAUGCGACAGUGAAAGACUCACCUGAAAUCAGAGGGGACGCCAGUAGUAUUAUUUUGAAAAGAACUCUUGAAUGAGAACAGAUAAGAAAGACAAAUACUUGGCACAUUUUUUUUUCUGCUGGGUGAUGUACAUGAAUGUCAUCCUCACAUGGGCCCUUUAUCACACCUCUGAGCUAAAUAUUCACUCUGUGGCAAUUAAGUGCUCAUCUUGCCUUCUUCUGUUAAUGUCUCGCUAGAGAAAACAGCAGAACAACACUUUUUGUGGUCAGUCAUAUAACAAUUUUACAUAUGUUCACUUCUUCAACCAGGAUUAUUAGUAAAUAAGAUAUUUGGCUCAUCCAUUUUCAAACUGUCUUAUUGGAACUGGUAAACAUUUCCAAAGCUUUAAAACAACUUAUUUACAGCUAGAAACAAUGCGGUCUGAUUUAACAUACAGUACGUACGGAAAGUGAGUAGACGUGCAAAGGCUGCAGCUUCCUGUUAUCAUGCUGCAACACAUAGCAACUUAAUUCAAUAACUUUACACAAACAGUAGAAAAUAACACUGUUUUUCAUAUGGAUAAAAGAGGAUAAAAAUAACUACAAUUGGUUGUUAUUCCAUAGUUUCUAAAAAGACUGGGGUUGACACUGCAGCAUAGCAAAGUGGCUGUUUAAAACCCCAUCCAGUAAUUGAUCAGAAAAUCACAUUAUUAUUUGUGAUGAACUCCAUAAGCUUUGUCAUACAACAAAUGAUUUGGCCAGUCAUUAUUGUAGUGAGUAUUUUCCACUUUGUUGUUGCUGAGAAUGCACCUUUGUUUUCCUGUGAUGCUGGUUUAAAUUUGGGUCAUAAUAUUACCAUAUUUAGUUUUAUCAAACCUCAGUAUAUAUUAUGUAUUUUUUAUACUCUCUUCUUGAAGAUAAAUAUUGCCAUAAUGUCAUUUGAUGCACAAGCAGCAGAAAAAAAAACAUUGUGUGUAAUGUGAAGUCAAUAACAGUGUUAUAGAGGAAUGAAAUAAAAUACUGUAUAUAAAAAUUAAAAAAAGAGGUGUCAAAAUAUUGUUCCUGCACAAGCCACCAUUAGCUUCUACAGGAUAUUAAAAAAGUGCUAAAAAAUAAUAUGUAAGUUGUUGCUUUGAAGUUGUGGUAUUAUUUUUGAUGCAUUCUAUGUAAGAAAUAUGCAUAGUCUCAUUAGAAACAUAUUUUUUAAAACAUUGAAUUUAUGACUGCCUUUGUAAAUUUUCCUGCAAACGUUCAGCUGCAGAUAUUCAACAGCAAAAAUUCACCUUCAAAAAUUUGCCUGCAAAUGUGGUGGCUUUCUGGUGACCCAAGCCAAGGCAAUCAACACUAGAUCAAGUCAAGCAGAUUUUAGCCAAUCAAUCAAUGCUACAUUGAUGAUCCAAUAAAAGUGUAAGCAGCCAUCUGUUUAAAGGAGAUAUUUAAGGAUCUUUUAAAUGAUGCAUAUGGUCACUGUAUUAGAUUUCUAAAUACCCAAAAAUUGCUUUAGUUUAAAAUUUAAAAGAACUCUACUUUUUGGAAAGUAUUACACACAGCUUUCAUUGACUG